AUGAAUUAAAAAGAUGAAAACUAUAAAAUGAUGUACAAAUAUCAUACUUUGUCAGAAGAAUAAAAAUAUUUAUUAACAGAAUUACUAUCUCCAAAAGAUCAAUUCUCUUCUUUUCCUCUUAUUCAAAUUUUAAAUGGCUAGACAAAAAAAAAGUUUUUUGGCUUAGAAACUGCAAUUUCACAAUUAGAUUAAAAUUCUAGAGUUUUAUUUUUUUAGAAUGCUCUUCCAAAAAUGGCUUAAUAUUCUUUGGAAUUGCUUAAUUUAUCUCCUUAAAAAUAAUUACUAAUAUCUGAAGGAAUUAUUCAAUUCACAAGAAAAGAAAUUUAUCAAUUUUUAUCAUUAGCAUUCUUUGGAUUGUUAGAAGAAUAACAUGAAUCUUUUACAUCUCCUUGUACUCUAAAUUACAUAUUACAAGGGGAACCUGAAAAAACUAAAUGUUAUCUUCAUUAUUUCAUUAUGGCAAAUCAAGAAUUAGAAAAUGAAAUAAUUACUAUAGAAAGAAUAGGCUUUAAUGUGAAUUAUCAUAUUCAUCAAUUCUUCCCUAAUAGUUAAGCCAAUUAAAUUUUAGAUAUAGAAUUAUGGUGUAAUUGUGAUAAAAGUCUUUAAACAUUUGAUUUUGUUGAUUCAAAUAUAGAAGAAUAAUAUAACUCUAUAAUUGUUGAUUUUGCAAAUAAAUAUGUGGGUGGAGGAGUGUUAUAUUAAGGUUGUGUUUAAGAAGAGAUCCUAUUUACAAUAAUGCCAGAAAAUAUAAUUGCUGUUUUAUUUUGUAAUGCCUUAGGUAAAAAGGAAGUUGUUAUUAUAAAAAAUACUAUCAGAUAUUGUGAUUAUUUGGGAUAUGGAUAUUCCUUUCAUUUUCUUGAAAGAGAACCUUAGAAUUUAAAUCAGAGUAUUCUAGUUUUGGAUGCUGAAAAUUAUGGUUAUUAUCCUCCUUUACAAUUCUAACAAAAAUCAAUUUUAAGAGACCUUAACAAGGCUUUUAUAGGAUUUUCAUUAUCUUAAUCAGCUGAAGAAGAGGAUUUUUUGUUACCUAUUUCAACUGGAAAAUGGGGAUGUGGAGCAUUUAAAGGAAAUUGCUAAUUAAAAAUAAUUAUUUAAUUAAUUGCUUUUAGUACAUCAUGGAAAACAAAAGAUUAAUAGAGAAGAAUGAUAUUUUCAACUUUUAAUGAUUAAUAAUUAUAAUUUUAUAAGAAAGAUGUUGAUCUCAUAAUUUAGAAAUACAAAAGUGUAGGUAAACUAUUCUAAUAAUUAAUGAAAAUUAACAAUUAAUAAAAUGUGUUUGAGUUUUUAUUAAGUUAAUAAUGA